CCCUGCCCGCCGCCCCCCCCGAACCUGGUUCUGCCUGCGCCCCCGGGACACGCUCAGCCCGCUGCGCCCCAGCCUAAGCCAUGAACAGCGGCGUGUGCCUGUGUGUGCUGAUGACGACGCUGGCGGUGGGUGCUCUGUCGCAGCCGGUGCCCCCAGUAGACCCCGCGGGCACCGGGAUGCAGCCGGCUGAAGAGGCCCCGCGGAGGCAGCUCAUGGCGGGGCAGAGGCCUGACAGCGAGCCCCGAGCGCACCUGGGCGCGCUGCUGGCCAGGUACAUCCAGCAGGCCAGGAAAGCUCCUUCCGGUAGAAUGUCCAUCAUGAAGAACCUGCAGAGCCUGGACCCCAGCCACAGGAUAAGUGAUCGGGACUACAUGGGCUGGAUGGAUUUUGGCCGACGCAGUGCCGAGGAGUAUGAGUACCCCUCCUAAGGGACAGGCCUCCUUCAGCCGACGGGAAGCGACCUCCCAACCCAGAGGAGGCAGAAUAAGGAAACAAUCACACUCCUAACUCGUGGUCUCUGACGUCUGGCAUUUUUAAGUAUCUAUUUAUGAAGUUCUCCAUGUGAAAAAUCUGUAAGAUUGUCCGGUGCACCCACACCCCUCAGCAGACUUGUGCAAAAAGAAGAGAGAAUGUUUUCUUCAUCUGUGACUCCUGGCUCUAACGUAUUGCUCUGCUAUUAAAGUGAUUUCGUGCUGCCCCUAA